AUUUAUUAUUCCAUUCAACAUUAUUUCCCUUAUUCUCUUUCUGCUACUUCAUUCAACUAACUGCAAAUUUCUUCAUACCACUUCACCAUUCUCUCAAAAUCAGAAAAGAGUGAAAUGUCUGAACAAGAAUUAGAGGCAAACAAGAACCAGAAACACCCAUGAUUGUCUAAAGUUUAAAGCCCUAAUUAUUUAUUAUAUUUUUCUCAUUUUUUAUAUUAAGUCUAAAAAAAUAGCGGACAAAAUUCGGACCAUGAUAUCAAACUACGUCCAAUAAGGACACAAUACCUAGAAGUGGAUCUUCUAUCUGAUGGUGACUAUGUCCAAUCAGCAUCAAAAUAGGCAACAACUUAAGUGUUACCCUUGUCUUCAUAUAGUAAUCCUUUGCGUGGUGCAUUCUUCAUGUUCCUAAGAAUACGAAUCACAACAUUUCAGUGACUAUCACGUGGAACAUUCAAAAGUUGACUGACUAUACUUACAACAAAUGUAAUAUCAGAUCUAGUUACUGUAAGAUAAUUAAGUUUGCCAACAAGUCGUCGAUAUCUACCAGGGUCUUGCAAUGGCUCCCCUAUCCUGAUAAGAGCUUGACAUUUAGAUCCAUAGGAGUAUCACGCGAGCGACAAUCAAGCAUUCAUGUUUCUUCAAGUAUAUCAAGGGCAUAUUUUCGCUGAGUAAUUGUUAUAUUUGUCUUAGAUUGAUCAACCUCAAUCCCCAAAAAAUAUUUUAGCAACCCUAAAUCUUUAGUCUAAAAGUUUUGAGACAAAUGUUGUUUGAGCUAAUAAAUGCCAACCUAAUCAUUACUUGUGAUGAUGAUGUUAUCAACAUAGACAAGCAAGUAGAUGUAAGUGGUUGGUGAAGAGUGCAAGAAGAAAACUAGGUAAUUAGAUUCACAUCUAGUCAUACCGUACUUCUAGAGCACGGUACUAAACGUCCCAAACCAAGCACGGGGUGAUUGUUUCAGGACAUAUAGAGAUUGACAUAAUUGACAUACCAAGUGAGAGGUACCGCUAAUAGUGAAGUCUGAUGGUUGUGUCAUAUACACCUCCUCUUGUAACUCUCCACGCAAUAAGGCAUUGCCAAAUUAAUGGAGUGGUUAAUGAUGAAUAGUAGCUAUGACAAGAAAAAGUCGAAGGUAUGCAAUUUUGGCAACCGGAGAAAAGGUAUCUCAUAGUCAAGGCCGAAGUUUUAUGUGUAUCCUUUUAUCAUGAGAUGAGCUUUUAAGUGAUCAAUCUUUCCUUCAAACCCAACUUUUACUGUAUAGACCCAACGAAACCCUACUAUAAGGUAAAUGUACUAAGUAACAUGUCCCAUUGGAGUGCAAAGCAGUCAUUUCAUCUAUCAUUGCUUGUCGCCAGCCAGGAUCAGAUAUAGUUUCACCUGUAGUUUUCAGAAUAUACACAGAAUCCAAGGAAGCCACAAAAGCAUACUAGGAUGUAGAUAAUUGAUUAUAAUUCUAAUGACAAGCAUAUAUAGGAUUAGGAUUUCGAGAUGACCUUUGACCUUUACGCAGAGCAAUGGGUAACUCUGGUGUAGGAUGCAGAGAGUGCAAGUCAGGUAGAAUAGUGGACGAGUCUUGAGGAGCGGAUGAGCCUCCGUUGGUAGGUGUGUAGGGCGGUGCUAUAGACAUGGGUGGGUGCAAUGGGGAGAUUAAGGACCUCUAGAGAGAGAGAUUGUGACUAACUAGAACCAUUGAAUUGUUAUGCAGUAGAGAGAAAGAAAGGGUGAAUCUCAAAGAAACCGGUUUCGCCAGAGACAAAGUAUCGUCGAAUAUCUAGGGAAUAACACUGACAACCUUCCUUUAGACGAGAGUAGCCAAGAAAAAGACAUUUAAGGGAUUUUGGAGCCAACUUAUCUUUCCUUGGAGUAAGGUCAUGAACAAAACAUGUGCACCCGAGGAUGUGAAGUGGUAGGGUAUAAAAAUAUUGUUAAGGAAACAAAAUAUAAUGUGAUACCUUGUUUUUCAAGUACAGAGGAAAGCAUGCGGUUGAUUAAGUAGCAAGAUCUGAGAAUUGCAUCUCCCCAAAAUGAGGAGGUACAUUAUUGUGACUGAUUUGGCGAAGCCAUACGUAGAGAAAUUGAUUAAUAGGGCAUUGGCAGAAUCAAGUUAUAUAUGUUGCUUCACGUGCAUUGCUAAGGAUUUCGAAGAAGAAAAAGCUAGGUUGGUACCUGAAAGGAAAACUAUUAAGGAACGUGUUGACGUGGCAACCAAUAGAGGAGAAUAUAUUGAAAGUAAUGUUGUUUCUUGGGAAGAAGAAGCUGAUAAGCUCAUUCAAGAAGACACCAAAACAAAACAAAAAUGUUGUUUUGGAUUUUGUCCUCAUUGUAUAUGGCGAUAUAUAAGGGGAAAGGAACUAGCAAAUAAAAAGGAUCGUAUUAAAGAAUUAAUGAAAACUGGAAAGGAAUUUUCAAUUGGACUCCCUGCUCGUCUUCCAGGUGUUGAAAGCAAUCAACCUCAACUCUAUAUUUCUUUUAAAAGCAGAGAAUCCAUAUACGAUGAGCUUUUGGAUGCACUUAAAGAUGACAACAAUUAUAUAAUCGGGUUGCAAGGAAUGGGGGGCACAGGAAAAACAACAUUAGCCAUAAAAGUGGGUAACGAACUUGAGCAAUCCAAACAAUUUACCAAAGCCAUCAUUACGACAGUGUCAAAUUCUCCUGAUAUUAAAAAGAUUCAAGAUGAUAUUGCUGGACCCUUGGGAUUGAAAUUGAAUGACGAUAGUGAAUCAGACCGACCCAAAAAACUAUGGAAAAGAUUGACUCAAGGUGAGAAGAUUCUUCUAAUAUUGGAUGAUGUGUGGGGAGAUCUCGAUUUUAAGGAAAUAGGUAUUCCAUAUAGUGACAAUAACAAAGGUUGCAGAGUUCUUGUAACCACACGCCAAAUAUCGGUAUGCAACAGAAUGGGAUGCAAUAAGACAAUACAACUGGAGCUUUUAACUGAAGAAGAUGCAUGGAACAUGUUCAAAAGGCAUGCUGGUCUAUGCAGCAAUUCAUCCAAAAGUUUGCUCGGUAAGGCUCAUAAAAUUGCAAAUGAAUGCAAAAGAUUACCAAUUGCAAUUGCUGCUAUUGCCAGUAGUUUGAAAGGAGAACAACGUCCGGAAGAGUGGGAUGCCGCCUUAAAAUCCUUGCAGAAACAUAUGUCCAUGCGCGGUGGUGAUGAUGGUGAUGAACUAGAUAAAAUUUAUAAAUGCUUGAAGUUUAGUUACGAUAAUAUGAAGAAUGAAAAGGCCAAGAGACUAUUCCUGUUGUGUUCUGUAUUUCAAGAAGAUGAAAAUAUUCCUAUAGAAAGGUUAACCAGAUUUGGCAUAGGAGCAGGAAUUUUUGGUGAAGAUUAUGAUAGCUACGAAGAUGCACGAAGUCAAGUAGUUAUAUCCAAAAAUAAACUGUUAGAUUCUUGUUUAUUAUUGAAAGCCAAUCAAGAAGAGAGUGUGAAAAUGCACGACUUGGUUCGUGAUGCUGCCCAAAGAAUAGCAAAGAAAAAGAUUCAAACAAUAAAUAUUUCUAAUAAAAAUGAAAAGGCAUUGGUUGAAAGGGAAAAUAAUAUUAAAUAUUUGUUAUGCCAAGGCAAGUUAAUGGACGUUCUUUCUUGCAAGUUUGGUGGUUAUGAGCUUGAAAUUCUAAUUGUCUACAUGCAUGAGGAUGGAGGUUGGGACAAUGUGAAUGUAGAAUUCCCAAAUACAUUUUUUGGAAAUAAUACAGGCCUUCGUGUUUUUCAUAUAUUGUUUGAUUUUAAUUUUUAUAAACCAACUUUACCAUUCAUACAAUCAAUCCAGUCGUUGAAGAAUAUUCGAUCAUUUCUUUUUGAGAAUGUCAAUUUGGGUGACAUCUCUAUUUUGGGAAACAUGCAUAGUCUUGAGACACUUGAUUUGGUUAGUUGUAAAAUUAAUGAAUUGCCACAUGGAAUUACAAAACUAGAGAAGCUAAGAUUGUUGAAUUUGGACUCUUGUGAAAUUCUAAGGAAUAAUCCAUUUGAAGUGAUUAAAGGAUGCUCAUUACUUGAAGAGUUGUAUUUCUUAUACAGUUUUAAUAUUUUUUGCCAAGAAAUAAGUUUUCCUAAAUUGAAAAUUUUUCAUAUCAAGGAUAAUUUUACAUCAAGGCAUUCACCAUUAAUUAAGUGUGUGUCUGUUAUAUAUUUUGAAAGGGUUCUAUCUGAAUCAACCCUCAAGUACUGUAUGCAAACAGCUGAGGUUCUUCAACUAAGAAGAAUCGAAAAGGGAUGGAGAAAUCUCAUGCCUGAGAUUGUUCCUGUAGAUCAAGGUAUGAAUAAUUUAGUUGAGCUUCUUUUACAUUGGAUUUCACAAUUACAAUUCCUUAUUGACACUAAGCUAUGUGAUUCUCAAGUACCAAAUGUGUACUCCAAAUUGGUUAUACUAGAUCUUUAUAAAUUAGAAAAUUUGGAAGAAUUGUGCAAUGGUCAUGUUUCCUUUGACUCUUUUGGGAGUUUAGAGAAGCUAUCGAUCAAGGCUUGUGAACAUUUGCAAAGCUUAUUUAAGUGCAAUCUUAACCUUUGCAAUCUAAAGAGCAUUUUAUUGGAGGAAUGUCCGAUGUUGAUCUCCUUAUUUCAACAGAAAAGUUCUCGUAGUCUAGUGUUGUUGGAGAAGUUGGAAUUAAUUGACUGCAAAAGACUUGAAUACAUAAUAAUAAAUGAAAGAAAAUGGGAGGAAUCAAGUGAUGAUGAUAAUGAUAGCAUGAGUCGUGGAUCAUUGUUUCCAAAAUUGAAAGUUCUUUAUAUUGAAAAGUGUCCUAAUUUUGAAUUAAUACUUCUAUUUCUCUCUGCUCAUGAUCUUCCGGCACUAGAAUCUAUCACAAUGCAAAGUUGUGAUAAGUUGAAAUACAUAUUUGGCCAAAAUGUCAAACUUGAUUCCCUAAAUCAAAUGAAGCUUGGUAGUUUACCAAAUUUUAUCGAUAUUUUCCCCCAAAUUUUUUCGUCUAUUAAGGAGCCAUCUUCCAUUUCUAGAGACACUUCCAAGUCACAAACACAAUCACUUCCUAUCAAAGGCAAUAUAUUUUCAUGGAUAAGUACUGCAUGUACUAAAAUACCGCCAACUUCUGACGAUGAACAGCAGGAUUGCUUAAUAUCAUCGGAAUCAAGUUCAUAUUGCCUCAACUAUAACAUAUGGGAACAUGUUCAAUGUUUUUCAAGACAAUCACAAAUCUUGUGCAAUAUUAAAGAUAUUCAACUGACUAAUAUUGCGAAGAUAAAAUCAGUAUUUAUCUUGUUUAUUGUUCCAAGAAUGUUGCUGGAAACAUUGACAAUUGAGAAUUGUGAUGAAUUGAAGCACAUCAUAAUAGACACUGAAGAUCAUGACAGUUGUAAUAAUAAUUUGGGCAAUGUCUUACCGAAAUUGAAAAAUCUCAAUGUUAGAAAUUGUGUGGAAUUGGAAUACAUAUUUGGACAUUAUGUUGAUGAUCAUCAAAACCACAUUGAGAUUCACAUUCAUCUUCCAGCAUUGGAAUGUCUCGUGCUUCAGAAUCUGCCAAGUUUAGCCGCCAUGUGUUCCAAACAAUAUCACAUAACAUUUCCACCUUUGAAAGAACUUGAAUUCCAAAAAUGUGAUGAUGUUGCUUUCAAAUCUAUUGGCGAUUUCUUAACUCAUCAUUCGAUUACAAGAUCUGUAGACCGUACAACCAUGAAGGAGUUGAGUGGGAACGUGGAGUAUUUUCAGAAAUUGGAAAUACUUGAUUUAAGUGACUCCAAAAUAGAAUAUAUCUUUUGGCUCGAUGAAAUAGAUGGACAAGAAAUGAAUACAGGGUUGACAUAUAUUAGCUUAUAUAAUAUGUCUGGUAUGACAUGUCCUUUUGUGGGUCCCAAAAACUAUAUUUUCCUCAAAAGUCUUACACAGUUAGUUAUAAUGCAUUGUAAAAAAUUGGAAAUUGUUUUCUCCACAUCUGUAUCAAGAUGCCUACCACAACUGCAAUAUUUAACAAUAAAAGAAUGCAAAGAGUUGAAGCAUAUUAUUGAAGAUGAUUUGGAGAAUAAAAAGUCCUCAAAGUUUCCGUCUACAAACCCAUGCUUCCCAAAGUUAGAAGUGCUUUAUGUAGUAAACUGCAACAACUUGAAAUGUAUCUGUCCAAGCUCCAUGUGUAAAGACUUUCCUAAAUUAUAUCACAUUGAUGUUGAAGAUUGCGUGCAAUUGGAAUACAUAGUUGGACCCUACAGUGAUGAUCAUCAAAACCACACAGAGAUUCACAUUCAUUUUCUAGCAUUGGAAUAUCUCUAUCUUGUCAAUCUGCCAAGUUUAGUAGCCAUGUGUCCCAAACAAUAUGGCACAACAUUUCCAUGUUUGAAACUCCUUAAACUCAAUAAUUGCUCCAAGGUUGAUAUUAAAUCUAUUGGUGAUUUCAUAACUCGUCAUUCGUUAACAAGAUCUAUGGACGGUGCAUCCAUGAAGGAAUUGAGUGGGACCAUGGAGCAUUUUCUCAAUGAAGUAAAUGAACAGAAGAUGAACAUAAAGUUAGAAAUUAUUGAGUUGCAUAGUCUGGCUUUGAUGACGUCUCUUUUUUUGGGUCCCAAAAACUCUUUUGCUCUCCAAAACCUAACAAACUUAUACAUAGUGCAAUGUGAAAAAUUGGAAAUAAUUUUCUCUAAUUCUAUUUUAAGAUGCCUACCACAAUUGCAAAGUCUAAUAAUAGAAGAAUGCAAAGAGUUGAAGCAUAUCAUUGAAGAUGAUACGGAGAAUCAAACGACGUCAAAUUCCAAUUCCUUGUGUUCAAGAACAUGCUUCCCAAAGCUAGAAGCACUUGCUGUAGUAAAGUGCAACAAGUUGAAAUCUGUCUUUCCAGUCUCAAUAUGUAAAGAGCUUCCUGAGUUAAAGGUUCUGAUGAUAAAAGAAGCAAAUGAGCUAGAGGAAAUAUUCAAAAGUGAAUGUGAUAAUCAGAAAGUGGAGGUUCCAAAUCUGAAAAUGGUAGCAUUUGUUGACCUACCAAGCCUUUGCCAGAACCAAGGAAUUCAGUUUCAGGCUGUAGAAAAUCGUUUUGUACAGAAAUGUCAAAACCUCUCUCUUACUUGUGAUUCAACAACCCACAGUAAAAUCAAAAUCUUUCAUAUUUUCGAUUCCAACUUAGAUUAUGAAACUAUUACAAUUUUGGAGAGUCUAUUUGAACAAUUACAAGAAGAGUAUGAAGGCAGUGAUACUGGUAGUGAAGGUCCAAGUACAAAAACCACUAAAGAUUUUGAAGCUGAGAUUGAAGUUGAAGCAGCAUCAGAACAAAAGUUGACUUCUUCACAGGAGUUUAUGAAUGAACAAUUAAUGGAUCAACCAUGUUUGAUGAACCAACAACAUCCACUUGGAGAAAUUGAUACUACCGUAAAACCUUCUCAGGAACAAGAUGUUGAUGUCAUAGACUCUGUGGAAACUACUAAGACUAAUAAUGAUAAAGUUUCUGUAAUUGAUGAUGCUGUCAUAAAAGAAAGCUCAAUCAUUGAAGAACACUUUCCUAAGGAUGAUGCUACUACAGUUUCAGAAUCUAAGCCCUCUCCUAGCAAUAGUAUUCCUUUGCCUCUUGCAUAUCAAACUCCUUCAAUUCCUUCUGAAGGGAACCCUUCUCAAAUAAUGGAAGACUUGAGUUCUCCUUCUCUAGUCACGUGGGAGCUUGAGCAACUAGUCUCCAAUAAGCAUUUGAAUUAUGAGAACUUGUCUGUGUUGGCUGAUUUCCUUGUUAAAAAUCCUUCAGGACUAUUAAGGGAUACUUCACUAAGUAACAGAUACAAGGGUUAUGCCUACAACUGUUUAGCUGAGCUAUUGAAAUUCCUCCAGACUCAAAGUGUAUUGGAUGUGUUAGGCUCAAGCCACUCUAAAUUUGUUGAGUUAUUACAAGAUGCACGCAGCUUUGGUUUUGAUAAGGAUUGGUUGGACGGUGUCGAGAGGCGCGCUUUGUUUCCUGAAUUGCAAGUAUCUCAAGAUGCAUUUCAAAAACUAUUGGAUUCUAAGCAACAGGUUACCAAAGAAGUUGAAGUUUUGCGUUUGAAGAUAGACAUUUUAAGUCAAUGUGUGGAAGAUCUUAACUAUCAAUUGACAUCAUCUGAAGCUGCUUUGGAGAAUAUCAUUCAACAAGAAGCAACUUUAACUGCCCCUAUCGGCUACUAGACUAUAUAUUUUUUUCGAUGAGAAUUUUUUAAAGUUGUGUAAUUUUAAAAAGAUAAUUUAAAUUCUUCUAUGUAAAUUUCAUUGUUUGGAUGAUAAAUUUGAAGAACUUUUAAAAUAAAGAGAUUUUAUAAAGUA